UCUUUAUAUGUCUUUGACCGGCAAGCUUUAAUUUAAGCCUCGCGAACACCGUAAAAUAUCAAUUUUUACAUAAUUUUACAUAACUUUUAAUAUUUCUUUCUUGUACAUAUGUAUAUGCGUAAGGAUAGUGGAAGAAUUGCUAAAUUGCUAAAUCUUUUAUAUCAUUUCCUAUAAAAAUUUUAUUUUUCUGACAGAUCGUGCAAUUUUUUGCUACUGUAUACGAAAUGAUCGGAUCGAAUGUUCAAUUAUUUUCUUUCAUGUUGUAGCAUUUUUUAGUUUGCACGACUAAUGUGCCCAUGAGGUUCCUUGGCGAUAAAGUGAUGAAGAACGGCCAGGCUUAAUGGGCCGCACGACUUUAUAUCGAAUUAAAGCGGAAGUUCCUUUUAUUGCCAGCUAUUCGAGACGCUCGUAAUCACCUCCGCGACGUACUAAUGAUAUACUCGCCGAUGUAAACUGUCCCGACUGUCAACGGCCGGAUAAUAUUUAUGGAUUACAAGUAGUUAUUGCAUUCACUAGUUUAAUUUACUAUACAGUUCUGACAAUUUGCUGAAUGCGAAUUAAGCUUGAUCUAUCUUUUGAUCUAUCCUUUGCAAAAAGAGAAAACGUGUUAAUAAUCUUCUAUCAUAGAUAUCGCCGAAAAGUAUCUGUUAAGUAUCUGCCAUAUUGCUGCGAAAUUUAUUAUCCAUCUUUCUAAAAUGCAUUCAAACUGCUGAUUGUUUUUUGCAACCUGUUAUUGAUGUAAACAAAUAAAUUUCUAGUCACCAAUAUAUAACAGAAACUUUUUUGGCGAAUGUUUGCUUUGUCAAACAGCUGCUUGAAAAAUAAAUCGGGUAAACACUUUCGACGAUCGAAUAAUUUGUGCCGUCCGUUCGAACGAAAGAUUCGGUAGUAAUCGCUUAAGGAACUUCCAACUGUCGAAGGUACAUUUGUUUCUCGGAAUACCGCGAACACGCUGUUUAUGCGAAAAUCUGUGGCUCGUGGCGGCAAGCGAACGGAGAGCGCAGGCGUCCGGAGUCCUGUGGCGGCAAGCGAACUCCGAUUUUCUCUAGUGUCGCGUCAACUGCCGCUGGAGAGUCGUGUGCAUCGCACCCUGCCGGCUGUGCCAACAACCCUUUACCUUGCGUGGCUUCGCCACGUUCUUCGCUUUCGUUAAAAUUCAGCCUAGAAUUGAAAAGUACUUGUACGGUGUGACAAAUUUACGUUGCACGAGCAAUUUGCGCGUAUACGUGAGGCGUAAACGCUCUGUUUCUGACGUUAGACACUUGGUAGAAUGAAACUUAACUGUCUUUUGUAUCGCUGAUACGAAUGUAUGAAAAUAUCGCGAAAUUCAUUUAAUUAAUUUAAGAUUAUAAAUGAUUGUUAUGGCAAUGGUAAAUCAUUCUUGAUCGGAAUUUCCGAUCAAACAGGACUUUUCAUUAUAUAUCCCGAAAAUCGAGUAUAGGAAUGCACAAUCGAAGCGGCGACGAACAUAGUGCGUGCGUUUCAUAGGAGCGCAAUCGCUCAAUGUGAGUGGCGGACGUGAUCUCGCGUGGUGUGAACGACGAGUCCGUCGAAAUAGCGUUCAUCCCAAACGCGUCCCAUUUCCGGCCGUCUCUCGCUCGGAAGCGUGACGUAUUCGUGAAGAAGUGCAUCGAUCAUGAAUUGGUGCGACGUGCAACCUCACGUGGAUUCGGUCGACAAGUCGUUCGCAUAUCAAGAGAUGUUCGCGUCAGACGCUAAAGCAUGAGGAAUGACGCAUUGACGUAAUGAUGCAGAGAGCGGUGCUACUGCUCUGUUGGCUGCCGCUCCUCAACCACUGCCACGCCGUAAAUCCAGGUUGUUCUUGUGUUGUGUACAGCAGCGAGGACAGGCCUCAAGGUGGUACUUUUACAUCUCCCGAUUUUCCCAAACGAUAUCCACCGAACAUCGAUUGCCUUCUUUACACAUUUAUUGGUCAUCCAGAUGAGAUCAUUGUUUUAACGUUUCAUCAGUUCAACAUUCGUCGUAUCUGGCCUAACUGUUCCAGAGGAGAUUUCUUGAAGCUAUUUUUACACUUAGAAAACAGAGGCGUUUCCGAGUACACUCCUUGGUCCGGUGUGCUUUGCGGAGAACUCCGUGACAUCCCGCAAGUCCUUUAUAGCUCGGGAUCGACACUGAUUCUAGAGUUUCAUACCGAGGGUCCAUCGUCUAAUGCCACUGGCUUUUCCGGCACUUUUCGUUUCAUCGACAGACGCUUAUUCGAGACGAACGGUCGGUUGGUGCCCGGCACGAUGUGCGACCACAAAUUCGUCAGUUUGCAAUCGCCUCAAUACGGACGAUUCUACUCGCCGCGGUACCCGUCCUCCUAUCCGAAGAGCAUCCGGUGCACCUACCUCUUCCGGGCAAGAGUGAAGGAGAGAAUCCGUUUGGUUUUCGAGGAGAUCUCUCUGCAAAAAGGAGACCUGAGUUGCCUGAAUAGGGCGGAUUUAAUCAGGGUGCACGACGGAACGGAUUCAGGAGCGCCCACAAUAGCCGUACUCUGCAACCAAGGAGCGGAAGUGGAGGUACUCAGCACGGGACCAGACCUCUACAUCGAGUUCGUCGCUAAUUCCGAGUGGCCGGGCCAGGGCUUCAAGGCGAUGUUCCAGUUCCAACCAUUGGACGAUGCGCCGCAUCCUGAGCCGGACAAGGUCCCAGGAGCCGUUACGGGGAACCCCAAGUACUCGGUCAUCGGACCAGCUGUCAGCGCUACCACGUCACUCUGCGACAUGGUUUACAACAGCGAUUCAACGAAAACGGGCAUAGUCAUGUCGCCGGGAUACCCGAACCCAUAUCCAGCCAGGACACAUUGUACAUACGAUUUCCAAGGAAGAGGAAAAGAGCGGGUGCAAGUGGUAUUUCAGGACCUGAAUCUGUUUCAUUCGCCGAGCGAUCCAAAUGACUGUGGCGGAGUGGAUUCACUGGUGGCAUACGUUCAUAUAGACGGAAAGAAGGACAAAAUAGACUCGUUCUGUGGAGAAACACCACCGCGGCCUGUCAUGAGCAACGGUCCGCGACUUUCCUUGGAAUUUCAGGGACUAACGUCAUCCCGCCAUUCGAGAGGCUUUAAAGCGACAUACUCUUUCAUAGAAAACUUUGGUAUAACGACAGGUCGGCAGGAGGAGAAAUAUCCGUGUGCCUUUGCCUUCAACAGCAACGAGACCCGAAACGGUACAUUCGCGUCGCCAAAUUAUCCCGGGCUAUACCCUCGUAACACGGAGUGCUACUACUUCUUCAAUGGUCAACCUAACGAGCGGGUUCACCUUCAUUUCCACUUCUUCGACGUCGAGGGAGUGUUACCGUGUGAAGCUGUAUCAGCCAGCGAUUACGUCGAAUUCUCCAACUUCAUGGCUAGAGAUCGGAAGUACCCGAGACACUGCGGUCAGCUGAAAGAAUUCGACGUUUACAGCGACAGGAAGUUCUUUCGCGUUACGUUCAAGAGUAACGAUCGUCUCGAUGCUACGGGCUUUAAUGCCAGCUACGUGUUUCUGGACGAGGAGGAAAAUUACACGAUGAAGAUACCUACAAGCAACGGAUCGGCGCGGCACGGAACCGCUCCGACACCACUGCAGUUAUUGCUGUUGCUGCUGCUGUUCGCGAGCUGUCGUCUUCUCGUCGACAAUCGAAUCUCGCAUUAAAGAAGCGGUCGUGGCGGCCACAUUCGGGCCCGCCGACCUCCCUGGCUCAAUUAACAACGAACCGCAACUUCGAGAUCGAGAGCCAUCCAAAAUCACCAAUAGCUCAGCUCAUUGAAGAAAGUGGCGGCGACUCCUCGUUGAUGAAUUCGUCGAGAGGGAGUGCGUUACCGAGGUCUAUCAUCCCCCGAGACGCGCACGACGUCUUGAAUUUAUCCUCGUAUCCUUCCUCAUGCUGUCUCCUUUGUUCGCGUCACGUCGACUAUCCCGAGAAGAGAGCACAUUGGCAAUAGAGUAUUUUUACGUCUAAACAGCGUGCGGAGGAAAAGGUUUGUGCGACUGUAUCGCGUUACAGUCCUGUUAACGCAAGUCGAGAAGUAGGAUUAAUUGGCUGCAUGGUUGAAUUGCCGCUAAUAGCCUACGUGAGGUAAGUUAUAGUCGACAGCUAAUUCUUCUGAGAAAGAUUCUUAUUUUUCAAUUGAUGAGUAGUGGCUCUUCGCUAAAAUUCUACAGUUUAUUGUUUCGGUUUCGAGUUUUCAAGAGCUCGCGUUACCCUUUAUCGUUGUAUUCAGCUUCAAAGUUAAAAGUUGAACGAGUCUGUAGAUGCCAAGUACUUCAAUUCUCGACAUUUUUUUUCAACUGAGGAAGUUUAGAACAAGUGCAUGCUCUUAGAGGAAGCUCACCUUACCCAUACGGCCAUUUAAACCUGGUUUCAAUGGGUAAUGUUUUUCUCCUCUCGCGCGGAACAAAUCUCAUAAGUCAUCAUAAACGUCUAUCCCGAGUAUCGCUCGAAAGUCAUACCGUAGGAAACAAUUCGCCUUCGCAGAUACUCCACAGACGGACGUAAUACUACAUCCUCUAUACGACUGUGAUGUUCCCGUUCUUUCUUAGUUUAUUAGAGACAAAAGCAAGUCUGAUCAUACGCGAAAGCGUAUUUCGACAUUCGUAUGCGAUAAUUAGAUCCUCAAGGUGCUAUUAUCCGCCGAUCACAUCAUGGGAUUUUAGAGAAAGCGUAUAGUUAAUAAUAAGUCUUUAUCGCCAUCCUGUUUGAAACGAACGAGCGUUGAACAGGAAAAUUGCGGAAUAAUUCGAAAUUUCGGAUUUCGAAUUCAAUGAGAAUACGUAAUCGACACGUUUAAUGAAAUAUGUGAGAGUGAUUAACAUGCAAAUCUUAAAAAUGUACGUUCAGUUGGACGAUUUCAGCGAUGAAUGUUUUAAUAAUGAGCAAUACGUGAUCGACCGAAUUUACGGGCUACUAAUGACUAAUGGGAAACGUUUUGGGAACAUUUUUUGAGCUUGCGGGUUGCAUCGAUAUUGCAUAAUUCAAUAUCACAGAAACAUUAGCAUCUACUAAUUCCUUUCAAUCUGCAUUUGAUGAUGUUGCGGAAAAUCGAUUGCGUUUAGCACGAAGCAAUUUUCUCAUCAACUUGCUAAAAUUACACAAACGAAAGAAAAAUAUAAUAAAUGUAUAUUUCAGUCUCAUUUUUAUUGAAUCAUCAUCGAUUGCAAUGUGUGUAUUAGAUAAUAAAUCGGGAGUUAAAUUUUCUAUUGCCUUGAAAUUUAAUAUUUUACGAUACAAUUUUCCUGCAAAUACACGAAAUGUCCGCUAUUAUUGUUUUUCAUGUUAAAGCAAGAUCUUUAACUGAUUCUUUGACAAAUUAGAAAGCAAUUUUUCAUUAUUUUCACCGAGCAAGAAAUUAAUGGGCGUCCUUUAUUCAUUGAGAAUCUAUAUCAUGUUUUAUCAUAUUGGCAAUUAAGCUAUUAAAUCCGUAUUAAAAUAAAUUACUCGAACAAAAUAAAAAAUUAAAAAACGCAAUUAUUAUAGUCAACCCUAUUAAAUUUUAAUGAUGAAUAAACCUAUAAAUAUCAUUUAUCCAAUGCGAUGAUUAAAUUUUCGUAAAGCAAAGGUUCAUUCCAGAGAUUCACCAAUCGGUAUAAGAAAAACGGUGAAACGAUAAAAGGCUUGAAUUUUUAUAUUAUAAAAUCGAUUAGAGAGAUUAUUGAAGCACAGACUGAAGACAAUGCAAUAUUAACAAAUAUAUAUGUCAAUUUGCUGCACGAUACAUCUUGAACCAAAUCUAUAUUAUAAUAUCUAUAUUAUAAUUCGAGUUGAAAAUUGUUAAUGUUAAUACUAUUCAAUUAUAUUGGAAUAUAUCUGCAAAUACGAUGAGAAUAGCGCUUGGCCGAAUACAAUUUGUUAUAGGAUUAUUUAUGUGAAAAUUGUACAAUUGGAGAAACGAGGAAAUCUAGCUCAAUAUAAAUUCGGCCGAGUGCACUCGAGUUUAUGUCAACAUAACUUAAAGCUUCUCCGCUUUCUCGGAAAAUGAUUUCAAAACAAAUUAAGGAAGUCAUAGGCCCGACAUAUUUCCUCGAGCUUAUUACAGCGAUUAUGACAACCAGAUAGUGUCGUUUUCCGACAGUUCUCCACACAGUGGGCAUACGUCAGUAUAACUGACUGCAUUUACACGGAAAUCGGAUAUCGAAAAGCGCAAAGCUCGAUUUCGAGCGACCGAGUACGUGCUCCUGUGGAAAAUCAGCAAUGGAAGAUAAUACAAGUGAGAAAUAAAAUAAACUUCUACGAACUCGAUAUCAAAUUGUGUAUCUAUAGAUACAUAACUAGGUAGCAAUACUGUCAUUGUGUACGUUAGACUCUAUUGUGAGUAUUUUUUAAAUAGAUUUAUAAUAUGUUGGUAAAAUUCUUCUGAAUUUCUAGUUGAUUUUUGCAAAAAAGAGUAUGUGCUCAUAUGACACGACUUGUACGAGUGUGCGAAAAAUAAAAGGAAUUGUGCGUGUGUGAGAUGUGUGACUAGAAAUCACUUUGUUUUCUGUUAUUCCCAUGGUAAAAUAAGAGAAAAGAAAAGGGCAACACUAUUAGUAAGUUGAAUACCUAAUUGGCACUAUAAAAUGCUUAUAUGUAACUAUCACCAUGUAAAUAUUGUUACAUUCGAUCCGUUUCAACUGCUGUCACUAUACAUAGCCAUACUGUCUCAUCCUAUACUAGUGAUUCACGAACCGAAAAAAACAGUGAAAAAUUGUACGUCACAGCUUUGACAAUUGAAAAAAAAUAUAAACUGUUACCACUUAACUACGAUACCUCAUUGAAAUGACACUAAUUUUGACCGGUACUUACGAUCAAUUGAUCGAUUGGGAAUUAAUUUAUUGUAACAUAUGCACAUAAAUUAAUUUUAUGAUACGUAUAAAUUAAUAUUAAUUUCAUGACCGGUACUUACAAUCAAUUGAUCGAUUGGGAGUUAAUUUAUUGUAACACAUACAUAUAGAUUAUAAUGAUAGAACUGCGACAAUUUGUUAUGAGAUAUACUACUGUCCAUACAUACAACACACACAUAUACAAAUUUGGGAACAUGAAUAAACUUGAAUGAAAAAAAGAUUAUCAAUAAAAGAGAGAUAUUGUUUGUUUUUCCUUUUUCUACAUCAAUAUAUCACAAAAGCAAAAAGCUACAGAAAAAUUUCACACGCAUGCAAUGCUGCCUUCAAAAGAACUUGAAAGAACAAAUUCUUUGCUAGUUUUAUAUUCACAAAUCUAUGGACAGCAUUGUAUAUCUCUUUCUUACUGUUAAUUUAAGCUUAAAAAGAACUAAUCAUCGGAAAUAGCGAUACACUGCUUCGUGAUCAGGCGACAAGUUCAGAGACGGCCUGGCAGCGUGCGUUCCUGAAUCCUAGAAAUGUGACUUUUAUCCCUUCAUACCGCCUAUUAUACUGGGACCUACGAGUCGAGUUAUCCGAGUUGCGCCUGGGGCGCUCCAAACUUUGUCCUGCGGUUAAAACUAUCCGAAAGCAUCGCAGUCGUGUUCCGGAACAAAGGGCAACAGUUCGUUGAUCGGAGCACCGACUUCGAUAUUCGCUGAACGCAGCGGAUGUAUUUUCUUAUUCUGUUUUGAGGCUCUUGCCCGAUCGUCUCACACAUAAGUUACGAGAAUGUAAUGCAAUCAUCGUUACUGUCCUAAUAAACCUUCACGUAUGAAUC